AUGUUAGAUAUAAUAUACUCUUCAAUUCCAGUCACUCAGAUACCACUCAGAGAAGUUCCUUUAGUAAAUGGUUUUUCACUGAUAACUAACCAGAUAGUUUUCUCUCCCAGUAGCAGUCCCAAAUGGGAAGAUAACAACCAUUUUCUGGAAAAUAUGCAACAUCAGCCAUCAUUAGGAACAUUUGGUCAUGUAAUACCAUGUGAUCAUCCAAAGCAUCCAAAGUAUCCAAAUAAGACCAAGACUAAUACUACCACUACCAAUAAUUGUAAAAAUAAUCGAAAGAUAAUUUUGGUGGAAAGCCUUGUUGAUACGACAGCGAUAAUUAUUGAUGAAAUUUGGUAUAAUUUUCCCGUUCAUUCUAAUUCACAAGUCAUCCCACUUCGCAUUUUUAUUCAAGAAACGUUGCGUCGAUCGAGAACUUCUUGGUCGACACUUCAAACAGCUUUAUUCUAUCUCAAAAGAAUAAAGCCUCAAAUCUUUUAUCUUUGGCUUAAUCCCGAUCGUUGGACAUUAAACUCAAAAGAUAAUAAUAAUCAAGGUAGUGAUCCAGCCACUUGCGGACGUCGUAUGUUCCUUGCAUCUCUUAUCAUAGCAUCAAAAUAUCUUCAAGAUCGAAAUUAUGCAAAUAAUGCUUGGUCAAAGAUAUGCGGACUUCCCGUUCAAGAGAUAAAUGCGAUAGAAAGACGUUUCCUUGAACUUAUUGAUUACAAUUUGUUUAUAGGAGAAGAUAUAUAUCAACGAUGGACCAAUGUUUUAAAUUCUCACAUUCAAGCCAUUUCAGAACCUGAGGCGACUGCUGAAAAUCAACAAGCUGUAGCUCAAUUCAAACAGACUCUGAGGUUGCAACCCCAGGCGGUAGAAUGUAAAGUUCAGGGUUAA